GUGAUGGCGUUUCUGCAGUGAUCGAGAACGCCCCUCUCAGCUCCUCUCUUCUCCUCUCCUCCGCAUUGCAUUCUGUCACAUCUCACCCGUACCGCAUACUUGACUGUACCCCCAUUCUCCCUCUCCCAUCACUGGACCCUUGUGUGUAUAGUCAGGAAAUGCGGGAGUCGAUGUGAGAACUCUCAUUAUACGCUACAUAUACAUAGUUGACUAAUUAGCACACAGGGCCCAGACGUACCCACAAGCGAGCCUGUGGGCCGCACCUCAUCCGAAGUGCUCACAGACGCUGCCGCAGAAACCAGUAAUUUAGCCAAGUCUACCAUGGUCUCACUCGCCGCAGGGACGUCGCUUGCCUCAGCUCGCACACCCUCUGUUUCCAGAGUUCCUCCAGAAAUACUUCACGAAAUCUUCCUCAGGCACCCAGGAUAUGCCGAUGCGGAAGUCACGUCUUUCAAGAAUGGACACAGAUGCAUAAAGGACACUGACUGUGGUCCCUUAUGCUGGGCUGUCGUAUCGCACGUAUGUCGGCGAUGGCGUGCGGUUGCGCUCCACUCCCCAUCCCUCUGGACGCGCCUCACAGUCUCCCCGCACCCUGAGUGGAUGGCCGAGCUACUUCAUCGUUCAGCAAAGUUGCCGCUACAGAUCACCGCCAACCUUGACCAGGAGGACCUGCGGGAAGAGCGCGGGGAGUCGUUCGAACUGGUGCUCCGUCAACUGUCCCGCAUCCGCGACCUUUUCUUUGCUAGCUUGCGUCCUCUUCGACAUGAGGCAGUCAAGCUGAUGGCUGGUGCGGCACCCCUGCUGCAGAUAUUGGUCAUCGGCGGGUCACCGGUUCAGUCGCGGAUCGAGGAGGGCCAGUUCGACAAUGAUUACAUCUACUUCCCGGCGUUGCUCCACCAUGAAAAAUCGCCCCGUCUGGAGCGUCUAGAGGUGCGCGGGGCCUUCCAUGGCAUUAAUCUGUACGGGCCUUGUGCCAGUACGCUGAAGCAUCUCAGCUUCCGCACCAUCAUUCCACACCUUCCUUGGCCUAACGUGUCGGCCUUCUUGGACGUACUCAGCAUGCUCCCAUCCCUGGAAACUGUUGCCUUGGAACGACACGUCCUGGAGCCACCGCCUUUCGAAUGGCUCAAUCUAACGGAUGUACGGCUUCCGCACCUGCAUACCCUCAAUCUUCACACGACGGCAUCCGAGUGUACGGUGCUCUUACUUCACCUCGACCUUCCUGCUCUAUCGUCCCUGGGGCUUUCGGCAGUGUACACAUUCGACUCGGUCGACACCUUGGUGCCUGCGAUAGCUAGCAAGAUCUCCGGGCUCGAUGCUCCACGUGCAUUGUACGUCAAAGGCUUUGGGAAGGACGAGGAUCCGGGAGCCUUGGAGGUCAGCGGCUUCGUCGGACCAGCCGCUGACUGUUUGGAAUGGAGCACGCGCUCUUUCGAUGUCGUGCUGAAAGACUGCUAUGACCACGCGGAGGCCCUGACCGAGAUAUGCAAGCGCAUUUCGCUCAAGGAUGUCAGCACGCUCGACGUCGAGGGCGAGGAUGUUCCUUCUGAAGCCUGGCUCGACAUGGCGGAGCAGAUGGACAGUCUCGUGUACCUCAGCGUUACCGGUGCGUACGCCAUCGCGGGUCUCCCGGAGAUGCUGCUCGCCGAACGAACAUUGUCUCCCGAGCUUGAAGGCGCAAACGAGGAUGAGGGAGGAGGAGAGGAAGAAGCCCUGUCCGAAAGGCUUUACCUGCCGAACCUCACCAACAUCUAUAUAUACGAUGCGUGCCUAGGCCGGAGGUCAGACCAUGAUGCGGGGCAGCCUGGCCCCUGGGUGGAACACAUGUGCCAGGCCCUCAAGGUUCGAGAUGAAGCGAAAGUGGGUCCGGCGCAGGUACACUUUGACGACUGCUCGAACGUGAACCAGGCGAUGUUCGCCGCGCUGGAAGAUACCGAAGUUAUGGUUGACUUUGUGCGUUCCAACGACUCCGUUCGGAACGCGGAUGAUUGGGAGUGGUUCAUGCCUGUUUGAAUGAAUGUACGUUCACUUGUUCCACUGUGUUAGAUACUUUGGUAGAUUGUACUCAUCGGCUAGUGUAAGUUCUGUAUCGAGUAGAAUGAAGCUCAGUCUUUCCUAUCAUAAUAUUGACGGUCUGGGCCAAGUCUGGGCUGUAUUAGUGUGUACUCAGUACUGUAAAACAACAUAAAAUCCCUUUUUCUACCUCAC